GGAGAGUGGUUGGGCUUGCCUGCUCCUCCUCCCUUUGCAGACCCUAACUCAAACGGGAAUAAAAUUCUCGGUGGAGUCAACUAUGCCUCCGCUGGCGCUGGCAUCCUCGACGAAACUGCCCGACAUUUAAUGGAAAGGUACACAUUGAGCCAACAAGUAGUGAAUUUUGAGAGCACAUUGAGCCAGUUGAGGACUAUGAUGCCUCCUGCCAACUUGAGUAGCUACCUAUCAAAAGCAAUAGUGGUGUUAUCUAUUGGAAGCAAUGACUACAUAAACAACUAUCUCAUGCCUUACGUUUAUACUACUAGCUCCAACUACAGCCCCACCCAAUUCGCCAACCUUCUGCUAAAUCACUACGCUAGACAACUUGUGGCAUUGUACAGUGCUGGGCUGAGAAAGUUCUAUAUGGCAGGCAUUGGGCCAAUUGGAUGCACUCCAAACCAGCUAGUGACAGGCCAGGCCCAAUCAGGGAGAUGUGUGGACUCGGUUAAUCAGAUCCUUGGGAGCUUCAAUGAUGGUCUGAGAAGUCUAGUGGACACUCUUCACAAUGGUGGACAUCCCGGUGCCAUGUUUGUCUAUGGAAACACCUAUGCUGUUUUGGGCGAUAUGUUGAAUAACCGCGCGAAAUAUGGGUUUUUGAUAUGGGAUAAGCCAUGUUGUGGAGUAGGAAUGAACUUGGGACAACAAACUAUGGUACAAAUGACUUGUAUACAAUACUAUCCUCCAUGUGGCAAUAGGACCGAGUACAUCUUUUGGGAUGCUUUUCAUACAACACAGAAUGUGAAUGCUGUCCUUGCUCAAAGAGCCUACUCCGGACCGCCAUCUGAUAGCUACCCAAUCAAUGUUCAACAAUUGGCAACCAUCAACUUUUGAUAAUAUAUGAUAUUUUUAUCUACUUCGUUCAUAAAUCCUUGUCACCCGUUAGUGUAACAUAAUGUAUUGUACACCCUGUUUGAUGUCUAAAUGUGAUCAAAUGAAUUGAUUUUAUUGAGAUC